GAUGGUCAGCCUACUACUACUACUACUACUACUACUACUAUUACUUCUACUACAAGGCACUACUACUGCUACUACGAGUAUUAUUAUUGAUGUCUUUUUGUUGCCAAACUGAAAGUAUCCUUAAAAAUAGAUCAGAAUAACUUCUCAUACUAAAUUAAUGAAUUAAUUUAUAAAAAAUACCUUAAAAUCCUAUCUUAAAAAGCCCGGAACAUUAAUGUAGGUCUUUAUGCAGAGAACUUUCUUUAAAAUUAUUCAGGAUGGGUUGCGGUACAAGUAGAAGUUCUCGUCUAAUAUCUCCUUUUAGUAAAGCAGUUAUAACACCAAAUUUAACAUGGACAAACACGGGUGUAAUACCACUUACGAGGAAGAAAGUGGCGGAAAAGAGUGUACAAGUGGGUGAUAUCCUUGGUAGAAAGGAAGUAUCAGCCCAAACGGAUAAUUUUCGUUUUCCGAUGGAUGAAUUAGAAAUGCUUCUCGAAGAAGAUUCUGAUCAACCAGAAAAUACUGAUGUGGAAACACAGACAUGGAACCAACAGUCUUCCACAAGGGAUAAUGUUAAAAGUGUGUUAAUGCAGACAGAAAUAUCGCCUUCUCAGAAGAAGUUCGCUUAUUUCAAUAUGCUUAAAAACAAUUCGGUUCAAUUAGUUACCAUCGAUAUAGGUAUACAAGCAGUUCCUUUAACAUUAGACCGAUGUACUCAGACUUACAGGCUUAUAAAAAAGCCGAAAACUAGUUCAGGAAAAGAAAGAUCGGUCGACCCGUUAGUAAAGAAAAUUGCUGAGGCGAACAGACAUAAAGGUCUGGCUAUGGCGGAUUUUGAAUCUCAAACGGACCCCGUAACCAAAGCUUUAGCUGCCAAUGCCGCAGGAAAUGAGAAUCUUCUAGUUAUGGAAGCCGAUCCUCCUAUAGCUCACAUACAGAAAGAAUUAUUUUCUACAACCUCGAAACCAAAUCAGACAGCGAUACAUGAAAGUAUCGCUCGGCUGUUGGAAGAUGUCGAAGAUAGUUUGAGGUACGAUUCUGAUUACGACGGACGUUUUGCCUACGCUGAUAUACUUAAAUGCGAUGCUGGUGUUCAGACGGUUAAUGAUCCUAUUACUGAUGAAGCACCCGAAUAUGCCGCUCGUCCUCCGCCAUGCAGGAAGAAAGAGAUGAUACCCAACAUGGGUGCUUUCAAAGAAAUCGACAGGCAUGCUUUAGAGGCUCCUGAAUCGACUAAAUCAUCAGUGAGAAAUCUAGUUAAUUAUUUAAGUGCUUCAGCUAAAAAUGAUUUACAAAAAGUCAGAGUAUUCUUCCGCUGGAUUACUAAUAAUAUUUCCUACGAUUGGCGUUACAUGGAAGUAAGGUUAUCAGCUGAGGAAGUACUUCAAAGAGGAGAAGGUGUUUGUAAAGAUUAUUGCAAAUUAUUUAGCGAAAUGUGUAGAAUAGCGGGAAUACGUGUAAAAACACUCAAUGGUUUUGCCAAAGGUUAUGAUUACAGGCCAGGUGAACAAUUUCUUCCAGGAGAAGCUGUGACACAUGCUUGGAAUGCAAUUUACAUUUUUGGUUCUUGGCGAUUGAUAGACACUACAUGGGGCACAGGUUACACUGAUCAUACAGGAAGAUUUCAGAGGAAACUAAAUGAACAUUUUUUUCUGACGGAUCCAGAAGUUUUAAUCUGGACUCAUUUUCCAUACGAUGAAGUGGAGAAAAAUUAUAGCAGGUGGCAACUUUUAGACAAUCCUUUAUCAUUGGAUGAAUUUAACACUUUACCUAAAGUGACACCAUUUUUCUUUGACUAUAACAUAAAGAUACGUUCCAAGCCGACGAAUCCAGUUGUGUUCAAAGUACAUAAAGAAAUUAAACUAGCCUCUCACGAACCUCUCAGAUAUAAAUACAAAAUGUAUCCCGUAGACGAGAUAGAAAAUGCAUCACUGAAUAAUUAUGUAUUCUGUCAAUUAAAAGAAGACCGUCUUGUGGGAUCUUUUGCAAUCACUCCACCCGUAGAAGGAAGGUAUUAUUUCAAAAUAUAUGCCAAACCUGAAAAAGAAAUGAAAGAGGAUACCAGUCUUCACAAUAUUAUCAUAUUCCUCAUCGAAUGUCUUCAAGCCAAGAAGUAUCUUCAACCUUACCCCCUUAACGAAGUACCAUGGGGACCGACACAGAGUUUUUAUGACUAUAACAUGCGAUUAGUUAAUCAGUCUGGUCCUAUGAUCGUAUCGUGGGGUGGGAAGAAAAAACUAGUGAUACAAAUUUCGGAUAACAUGCUGUUCACACAUCAGUUGUUUGAUGUCGAUGGUAAAGAAAUGGACAGCAAAGGAAUCAUUUCAAGAGAAGAAAAGGACAAUAAAAUCACAAUUAAUGUUACUCCGACAAGAGUUGCCAUGUAUAAACUGAUGCUUUUCGGAAUGCCAAAACCGAAACAAAAAGGAAAAUGGCGUUUACCUUUAGUGGCAUCGUUUCUAAUCGAUUGCAAACUUACAAAACAAAUUUACGAUGAAGAUUAUCAACCUCCUCAACAAAGAAAAGAAGAAAAGGAAGAAGAGAAAAAAGACGAAAAGAAGAAAAAAGAAAAAAGAAAAAUUAAAAUAGCUUUUAUACGCUAAGAAUAUUUUAUUUUUCAGAUGGCAAUUGCAAGUGCCUUCUACGAAUUGUAUAAUAAUAUUGUAUAUAAACGAAAGUUUGUAUAUAAAGAAUGUGGUGCGUAAGAGUGUCUGCUUGGCGUUAUUGAUUUAGACGAAAGUAUAAAUCUAGCAGCAGUUGUCCAAUUUCAUUCUUUUUUUUCCUUUUGUUUAUUACCUGUAACGGGUAGUUUAUAUGUAGACGUCUCUUGUCUUAUAUGUAACGUGAUGUCGAAUUAGGUGAAAAUUGUGAUGUGAUGUCUAGUGGAAUUAUUAUUAAAAUUUUAUUUAAAUCACCAAAAUUAUGAUUAAUAAAUUAUAAUAUUUAUUAAUUUCAUUUAAUAGUUAAAUAGCAUAGAAAUUUUUAUCCAUUGAAUUCUAUAGGCCUAUUUUCUACUGAAGAAUGUUAAGGAAACGCCAAGUAUAUGUGGAAAAAUUAACUUCCCUGGUAAUUUUUCCUUAUUUAAUAAGAAAAGCGGUUUAUAGCAAAAUAUAGUAAUACUUUUUUUUAUCUAAAUGAUCCUAUUUUCGU